AGAACACCAACGCGAUGGGCGGGAUCAAACGGAACGACACGCAAACAUGGCGGCGUCUACAGAAGAUGAUUUUGAGUUCAAUACUCAGGACUACUAUUCUCUGCUCAACGUGAGGAAGGAGGCUACAGUGGAGGAGCUGAAGGCGUCGUACCGGCGGCUAUGCAUGCUGUAUCAUCCUGACAAACAUCGAGACCCUGAUCUGAAAAGACAAGCCGAGCAACUUUUCAAUCAGGUUCACCGGGCCUACGAAGUGCUGAGUGACGCUCACUCCAGAGCCAUCUAUGACAUCUUUGGGAAGAAAGGGCUGGAGGUGGAAGGCUGGGAGGUGGUGGAGAGGAAGAGAACACCUGCAGAAAUCCGAGAGGAAUAUGAAAGGCUUCAGAGAGAAAAAGAAGAGAGGAGACUGCAGCAAAGAACGAAUCCCAAGGGCACAAUCAGCGUCGGUGUGGAUGCGACGGACCUGUUCGAUCGCUAUGAUGACGACUUCGAGGAGAUGCCCGGCGGAGGCUUUCCUCAUAUAGAAAUUAACAAGAUGCAUAUUUCCCAGUCUAUUGAGGCUCCUCUGACCAACACCGACACAGCAAUGCUUUCGGGGUCACUCUCCACGCACAACGGGAGCGGAGGGGGCAACAUUAACGUGACUGUACGCAGAGUUACAUCAGCUAAAGGCUGGGGAGAGGUGGAGUUUGGUGCUGGAGACACACUGGGGCCACUCGUUGGGUUAAAGGUGUUUCGUAACGUUACACCGCGGUGUUUUCUCACAGCCCAGUGGGGUUUGCAGUUCUCGCCUCGAGGCCUGCGGCCGAGUUGUUCUCUGAUGACGGCGCGCCACCUGGACCAGAACACAAUGGGCUACCUUCAGUGGCGCUGGGGGCCCAAUAGCGCCAUGACAACCAGCCUGGUGCGGGACACGAAGAGUAGCCACUUUACUUUAGCUCUGCAGCUGGGUGUGCCUCAUUCCUACCUGAUGAUGAGCUACCAGUACAAGUUCCAGGAUGAGGACCAGACCAAAGUGAAAGGCUCCGUAAAGACAGGCUGGUUCGGCACAGUGGUAGAGUACGGCGCGGAGAGGAAGAUCAGCCGUCACAGCGUUUUGUCGGCCACGGUCAGCAUGGGGGUCCCACAAGGAGUCACGCUCAAGAUUAAGCUGGCGCGUGCCAGUCAGACGUACCUGUUCCCAGUCCACCUGACAGACCAGCUGUUGCCCAGCGCCGUCUUCUACGCCACCGUCGGACCUCUCCUGGCCUACGUCGCCGUCCACAGACUAAUUAUUAUCCCGUACACGAAAGCGCAGAAAGAGCAAGAGCUGGAGUUGCAGAGGAAGAGCUCCGCCACAGACAUCGCCAAGAAGAAGCAGGAGGCUGAGACUGCUGUUCUGCUGAUGCAGGAAUCUGUGAGGAGAAUCAUAGAAGCAGAAGAAUCCAAGAUGGGCCUGAUCAUCCUCAACGGCUGGUACGGAAAGUUUGUGUCAGACACCAGCCAGAAGCAGGAGAAAGCCAAGGUGAUUGACGUCACCGUGCCGCUGCAGUGCCUGGUCAAAGACUCCAAGCUCAUCCUCACCGAGGCGUCGAAGGCGGGGCUGCCGGGCUUUUACGACCCCUGCGUGGGAGAGGAGAAGAGUCUGAAAUUACUGUACCAGUUCAGAGGGGUCAUGCAUCAAGUCAUCUCCGCAGACAUGGAGCCACUACGGAUACCCAAGCAAUCUCACAGAACUGAGUCUGAAUCCUAGGAGUCCUCUGCUGUUGACGUAACAGACUAUGUACGCAGAAGAACCCAAGAGUAGAAGGGAUAGAUUUUUUUUUUUUAAUCCGUUCGUUUCCCUCCUCUAGCUCUCCUCUGUCAUGGUGUUAGUGAAUCUAAUUCACAAGUCUGUGCUCCUUCCUUUUUCUAAACUACAGUUUUUUUUUUUUUUGGGUGAAAUCAGCACCGGAUUUCCCCUAUUGGCUUCACCCGAUACACCAGAUCGCAUAUUGAUACGCUGCGGGAGAUCAGACAGCGGCCCCAGAUAGUUUUGUAAGACACAAGACAGUCGGAUGGCGAUUUCCCUCAGUAGCGAAUGAAAUGUCUGUGGUUUCUCACAUUCCUGUUUGAAGAAGCUAUAAUUUGGUCUUAAAUAUAAUCUUCAUUUGUCGCCAUGGCAGUGUUUUGAGUCGUGAAACGGUUUGGGUUAACUAUGCAGGAUGGCGCCUCAGGAACCUCGAGGUCAACCAGGACUUCGCUCAUGCUUUAGAUGACACUCUAAAAGGUCAGCCUUUCUAAUUUAGGAAACAUUUUACUCCAGCGUUUGCUGCUCGAUGGGAUGCAAGUGUAAACCGGUCCUCAAAACACGAAGGUUUGGAAAAGAGAGGAAAAGGUCUGCCUGUUAUUACAGAAAAAGUUGAAGACUUUUCCUCCUGGAUUUCUAUCGCUCCACGCUGCAGUCUGAAGGCAGGAAUCUUGCUCGGAUUUGAUUUGCGUCAGUGUUUAUCGAUCAGCUCUGCAGCCGCAGGAAUAAAAAAUAAAAAAAACCUGUGCUCUCUAAUGAUAUUUGAUAAGAUGAAGGUUGUGUUUAUCCUCCACAAAGCUGUUGUGUAAUCAUUAAAGUAAUCGUUUUAAACCUGAA